AUGAUUGUCAGGACAGUUGUUCUCGUAGCUGCUUGUUUGUUGGUCGUGUCGGCCGAUUGCGUCGACAGGAAAACCAACUUGGUCAAGGUGGCCGAUGCAUGUAGGUUAUUGUACAAUACGUUGAAAGAAUGCUAUAGAUUAGCUUUAUUUCUCAAAUAAUCUACCAAGUCCUGUUGUCUAACAUAAAAAAUAAGAAAACAAUAUUGUUUUAGCAUCCAACUUGGUCAUCACAACCAAAGAUGGUGUUGCUGCCACCUAUGACUCUCAACAUCGCCCAAGUUGCCACGGUAAUGAACCAGAUGUCAAACUUCCAGGUUCAGUGACAGCCUUGAGCGGUAUGGUUAAAGUGUCCCAGCCGUUGAAGCUGAUUGGCAACAGCAAGGUGUUGCUGACCUUGAAGAAGAACUCUUUCUUAAUUGGCACAGUCUGCGAGAACGGAAAAUCAAAGCAUAUUGGAGUGCCCAGCAAAUACUGGUCGGUUUUAGUUCUGCUAUUUUAUAAUAUGAAAUUUAAUGAGUUCAAAAUUUAAAACUAUAUAUUUUACUUUUUUUACUGAAGAACCUUAUUUUAGCCAAGCCGAGCCAUGCCAAUAUGGCAAAGGUCUUUGCCAACUUUUGGAAAAGCCAGGCACUUAUGAUUUGGGACAACUUGAAGGCUCUAUUGGUCUUAAUGGUACGUUGGAACUACCAAAACUGCCUCCAGCCCUUAAGGGUUUGAUUAAGGGAGAAUGGAAAGUUGAAGGUCGACUGGUCAUUGACAACAAGGUAGUCGCUCACGUUAAAGUACCAGCUGGCAAUGGCUGGAUUUACCUCGAAGAAGAAUAA